UAUAGAAUUGUUUUGAUGUGUUUUACGGGGUCCACUUGUUUUUCUUACGUUUUCUCUUUGUUUUCAUUCUUGUCACAGGAUAAUACAGAGCCCUUCUCCACAAGAUUUCUGUUGUCAGAUAAUGUGUAUGCAAAAGCUGUUGUGCCACCCACUGAAAAAGUUUGUCUCUGGUUAGGGGCAAAUGUAAUGCUGGAGUAUGAAAUUGAAGAAGCAGAUGAAGUAUUGGCAAAAAAUUUGGAUGCUGCCAAAAAAUCUCUCAGUCAAGUGGAAGAUGACCUUUUAUUUAUUCGUGAUCAAAUGACGACGCUGGAAGUCAAUAUGGCUCGGGUUUACAACUGGGACGUAAAGAGACGGCAAGCAGAGAAGGAGGCGAAAUCUUAAACUUAUUAGUGUCCCCAAUGUUUGCUUUUGUAUACAUGGAUAUAUCUAGGAAUCACAGCAAAACCUUCCCCUGCCUGUACAUUCAGUUCAAUCGUCAUUAGUGAUCAUAUAUAUAUAUAUAUAUAUACGUGUGCGUGAGUGUGUGUGUGUGAUGUGAUUGCUUGUUUUCAUCUUCAUGUGGCUAUGUUUUCCUCUUUUGAUAAUAGACUGACUGUGCUCUUUUCAUUUCAUGAACAUGCCAGUUUGAUUAGCGUUUUGUUUUUUGUGUUUUUUGGGGGGGGGGGUUCCCAUAAUCCUGAAAUAUGCUUGCUUCAUUUCCUGAACAAAUUGUGUACAAAAGUGGUAAUUUAAGUCCUGAGAAAAACACAAAAGUACCGAUGUUAUAUAAAUAUCUGUCAUUAUUUUGGGGCAUUUUUGCUUGCUUUGCUUUUUUAUUUUGAAAUAUAAAAUGAACUAGUCACUUGUCAUCUCGUGCAGGUAGGCUGAAUCAGGCUUUAGCCCAAAUGUUGUAAUGAAAUUAUGAGUAAAGCUAUUAUUAACACAUUACACCCUAAGGGCCUGGACGGAAAGUCCAUUGUUAGAUCCUAAGCAAGGGGAAAGAACCCACCUCCCGUGAAUACUAGCCUU